AAGAUUCAAAAUGGAAGCCAACAAAGAAAAUUUUAGAUUGAAACCAAAACUAGAAUCCCAUUACCGCAACAACCGCUACCAGCUUUACCGAAACAUUUGUUAAAAGAAAAUAAAGGAAAAACAAAUGAGGUUAAAAGGAAACCAUUAAAAACCAUUCAAUCUGAUAAUAUAAAAGCGGGACCAAGCAAAGAUAUCACUACAAAAGUUAAAAAGCAAAAAUAUUUUACGCUCGACACAAGGUACGUCACAAUAAGACAAAGUAGGGAUGAUUUAGAUUGGGAUUAUAGUGUUUUUACGGAAAACGGGAACAAUAGUAUCAUUUCUAUAAGUGACGAAGAAAUUGACGGAAAAAAAUCUACUUACUUCGCCGAUAAUACGCAACGAAACUGUCUCGGCGAAUCGAAAAUUGCUGUUACACCUACGGUCAGAGCUGAUACCUUAGAACCAAAUCGUAUAAGGAACAUAAAGCGUAGUUUAAAAAGGCCUCACAGCAGGGAGCUGCAAGGAUUGUCGCCAUUGGCUAAACAAGAGAAAAAAGCUGAAGAAAGAGCGAAACGUCGGUUGUAUUUUACCGAACGGAUACAAGAUAGGCUACAAUCACCUGACUAUUUAAAGAGGUCGUAUAUGGAAUGUCUAACUCGGGAUUACUCCGCUGAAAUGUUUAGCUAUCUACUAGUGGUUGAAGCAAAACCGCUGGGCCUCCCACGGAUUUCCAACAUCACCCGUGCUUGUGUAGUCAACUGGUUAAUGAAUUUUAAUGGUGCAGACGGUAAUCCAGCAGUAAUUCAGUCAGCAUGUUGGUUCUUCGAUUCCGUGGUGGGCACUGGACAUGUCCAGUUCGAUAAGAUACAGCUGGUCGCAGCGGCUUGUUACUGGAUUGCGCAGAAGUUGCACGGGCCAGUAAUGCCAGCUACUAAACUGGUUAUUUAUUCUGAAUACGCUUUCACUGCUGAAAGGUUGCUAGCCGCUGAGAAAGCUGUGCUUGAAAAGUUGAAAUUCCCAACACAACCAGUAGUGGCGCAAGACUUCAUCAACUAUCUAGCAUGGUGGUGCGACAGAGAUCGGCCUGGUGAAAUCGAGGUGGCUGCGACCUUCCUCUACAUGUCAGGGUUGAUGGUUGACAAGGAUCUGUGCGAAGAAUUUCCGUCAGUCAUAGCUGCUGCAUCAGUCAGGAAUGCUGUGCUGUUGCUAAGGAAAAAGGAUUUGGUGACACACCUACAAAUGUGUCCAGUGUAUAAAUCGGCCGAGUGCACAGCUGUCAAUAUUCUAUACACGUGCUCGGUGCUUCGUAGAGCUGUCAGGACCGUCGCAGCCCCGAUAUUUGAGUACAAAGUGCCCUACGAACAUUACGGGAUACCUCCGAGUUACAUCGCCCAAAGAAUUGUAAACGCAGCGAACGAGCUGUCUGUUAUGGAUACUAGGAUUAUAAAGAGAGAUCAAGCUAACAUAUUUUAACGUACGACAUAUAUGGUGUAGGGUUAAUGUGACAAUUUUGUUUGGAAUUUGUAUGAAUAUGUGAAGGCGUAGCAAAUUAUAAUAAACGGUUAAUAACAAA